AUGACAGAAUCGGCGGAGGAAUACAAGGAACUGAUCGGACAGUUUAUAGCCAAUAAUAAAUACAAAGUGAUUAAAUACAUGGCUUCGGGUUCUUUCUGUGCGAUAUUCAAAGUGAAAGAAAUGAACACAAAUAAGGAAUUGGUCGCCAAACUAGAGGCCGAAGAGACAGAUAAUCCUCAGUUAAGCCACGAGUUCCGCAUUUAUCAGCUCUUGAGGUAUGAGUGCAAUCACUCGGCGAUUCCCAAGACAUACUUCUUUGGCUCAUUUCUCACAUACCGGGCGCUUGUGAUGGAACAGUUCGGCCCUAAUAUCGCCACAAAGUUUCAAGAAUGCAAUCAAAAGUUUAGCGUAAAAACGGUCUCACUUUUGGCCAUUCAGUUGAUGGAUAUCUUUAAAUACAUUCACAGCAAACGUGUCAUCUAUAGAGACGUUAAGCCGGAAAACAUAUUAUUAGGUUUACCACAAACUCCGGGCGCAAACCUCUUGCAUAUCGUGGACUUUGGUUUGUCUAAGGAAUACAAAGACCGAAACGGUGUUCACAUCCCAUAUAAAGAAAACGUUGGACUCAACGGUACGGCAAGAUAUAUGAGUAUUAAUACACAUCUGUAUAGAGAGCAGAGCCGUAGGGAUGACAUGGAAGCGGUCGGACAUAUGUUGAUAUUGUUUCUCAGAGGAAGCCUUCCCUGGAGUGGACUCGACAUCAAAGACUCUGUGAAGAGGUUUAAGAAAAUUGGAGAAAUAAAGCAAAAAAUUGAAACAAAGAAAUUAUGCCUUAAUUUGCCGCAAGAAUAUGAGAUCUAUAUACGAACCGUUCGGUCGCUUCAGUUCACAGAAGAUCCCAAUUAUGAUGAAUAUAAGGAUAUGUUUGAAAAGAUUAUCACAAAAAUGGGCGAAAAAGUGGACAACAAAUACGACUGGAAUGACAGCAAACGUGUGACCAGAAGACCAUCAAAACCAAGAACUCCUUCAAACACUACUCUAAAUGAGAAAAUUAAUAAAUCAUAA